AUGUUGGAAGCCAAGAUCGAACAGGCUAUUGUUUUUAAGCGUGUACUCGAUGCUAUCAAGGAUCUCGUAGAGCAUGCCAACUUUGACUGCAAUGAGGAGGGCCUUCGGCUCCAGGCUAUGGACAGCUCCCACGUCGCUCUUUCUGCAGUGGAGCUCCGUGCUGACGGCUUUGAAGAGUACCGUUGCGAUAGGCCCAUGAGCAUUGGCGUAGCCAUCACGAGUCUUACAAAGGUGAUGCGCAGUGCCCAAAACAAUGAUAUCCUGAAUAUGCGCAAGGCAGACAAUGCAGACAGCCUGCACCUUGUGUUUGAGGGUGCAAGCUCUGACCGCAUUGGCGAGUUUGACCUGAAGCUAAUGGAUAUUGACACGGAGCAUCUCGGUAUUCCUGACACGGAAUACGACGCAGUUGUAAAGCUUUCUUCCAACGAGUUUGCACGCAUUUGCCGCGAUCUCUCCAAUGUCGGCGAGAGCGUGAAGAUUACCAUCACAAAAGAGGGUGUCACUUUUUCCACCGAGGGUGAAAUCGGCGACGCUCGCAUGACGCUCAAGCAAGGCUCUGGCUCUGCUACGAGCUACGACGACGACGACGAAGAGGCCGGUCUUGAUGGAGAUGGCGAGGAAAAGCCUUUGAAGAAGCGAAAGACGGGCGCAUCCAGCAGCGUGUCUGGCGGCGUGGUGCCCGUUGAGAUUCAGCUCGAAAAGGCCGUUGCACUAACGUUUAGUGUGCAAUACCUCGUUAACUUUACCAAGGCCGCCCCCCUUUCCUCCGCAGUGACCCUUCACAUGGCGGAUAAGGUGCCGCUGAUGGUCGAGUUUGCGUUCGAGAAUGGCCAUGUGCGCUACUAUUUGGCGCCAAAGCUCGCCGAGACAGACGAGGAUUAG